ACAGUGGACGCGUCUGCCGCUCAGGUUCUGCCGCUCUCCCGCAUCCGCACCGGUUCAUGGAUUACACAGUUUCUCUCCAAGUGCAACAUCAGCUGACCGUGUUCCCGACACACUUCUGUGAGGGCUACAGUGUGGAGUUACAGAUGAAGUCAACAGAGGUGGACCAAGGGCUUUUCACAGACAGCUACUGCAAAGUGUGCAGCGCGCAGCUCAUCUCCGAAUCCCAGAGGGUCGCCCAUUAUGAGAGUCGGAAACACGCCAACAAAGUGCGACUGUAUUACAUGCUACAUCCUGUGGAUGGAGGCUGCCCUGCCAAGAAGCUCAGAACAGACAAUGGCAGCGACGAGGGCGACGUGGACAAGAAUAAGUGCUGCACGCUGUGUAACAUGUCCUUCACCUCAGCCGUGGUGGCACAGUCACACUACCAGGGUAAAAUCCACGCCAAGAGGCUAAAGCUGCUCCUGGGGGAACAGCCCCCCAUCACAACCAAAGAGGCUUCCCCCAGUCCUGUAAAGAGCUCCCCAGAAACGUCCCCCAUGACGUCCCCGCGACAGCGCCGCGACUCCGACCGCUACUGCCAGCUAUGCAACGCCUGGUUCAACAACCCCGGCAUGGCUCAGCAACAUUACGACGGCAAAAAGCACAAGAAGAACGCGGCCAGAGCAGAUCUGCUGGAGCAGCUGGGCAAGACGCUGGACAUGGGGGAGAUGAAAGGUCUGAAGCGGAGCUACACCUGUGAACUGUGCAGCGUCACACUCAACUCGGUGGCACAGUAUCAUGCACACCUGCAGGGCUCAAAGCACCAAAACAACCUGAAGAAUCAGAUAUGUGUCCAGUGAACAUGGGAUGAAGAUUAAAAAAAAAACAAAAAAAACAACCCUGAAACUUCUGGAUUGAUGUCAGACAAGCUGUGGUCAGCUUGCCCUGCUUCUGCUCUCUCCUCCACAUCAUCUCCUCUCUCUCUCUACGUUUAUUUUUCCCUCUCUUUCUGCUUCGGUUGCCUGGACAGGGAGGAGAAACGUUUGUCUUAUUUCUUUUUUUUUACCGUGUCAAACUCUCACUCGUCAGUGUACAGUUUGAGUUUCUUCACUGUUUAAAUCAUUGAACCCCUGACAUUCCACUGCAGCUGCGUCCCGUGUCUCCCGGUCCACUCUCAUGACCGUGGAUCUGGCACACGGCCGCCUUUCUUACACUGCAUGGACUCAAUUAUACUCAAUUUUCCACGGGAUGCGGAGACCUGGAAGUUGGGACUUUACCUGGAGACUAUGAGGGUUGUUUUAAACAGUUUGUUUUUUUUGUUGAACGGUUGAAGCAGAACUUAUUUAUUUGACGUUAUUUAGCAUCAUGGGCUUGUCCUCUUUGCCCCGUGGUUCUGUCUGGUACACAGUGCAGUUUAUCUAGAGUGCUUUUAUUGCAUACAUGUUUGCAGUGGAGCUAAAUCCCCUCCGUGUGGAAAGGGGUCGAUGGCAAUAAUGACACUGGUUGGCCUCUUGCUGUGCAGUACAGUAUGUUGACAGUACUGGACGGUGAACGGCUCUGGUAGAGCUUUAAGAAGACCAGCGAGAACUAAUUGGAGAAAUCAGCAUCUUCACAGAAAUAGUUUUUAAAACUUUUAAGAAAUAAUUCUGGUUUAUUACAACAAGGCUUUUAUUUCUUUUUCCUGUUGGUAAUGACUCGGUGGAUUUAUGUGUGAGUUCUGGGAGCACUUUUAGGAUCACUUAAACACGACUAAUGGGGCAAUAAACACAGGUUGCAAAAAGACAGAGGAAGGUAAAGCAAAUAAUGAAGUGUUUCUCCAAGCCGUCUAUUCACUCACUCGUCAAGUGGCCCAACAGCAAGACCCAAGAUUCUGUGGAAUUUUGAGAUUGUUCGAGAUCUUUCCAUGAUUCAACAUCAAGGUCGUUGAAGCCUCUUCUAAAACUCAAGAGAAGCCCAUUUUCUUUGAUGGUUUUUAAACAUGCAGAAGAUUCAAGGUUCCUUUAGAUUCCGGGAAAACAUCUGGUUUGAAAUGUUUUCAUUUGAAGGACCAGGCUGUCAAAGAAGGGUCAUCAUGCUUGCCCACACUUGAGAGGUUGCCCACUCGUGCAAGUUCCCCGUGAGACAGGUGUCCAAACACAAAAUAGUCCCCUGAUAUCAUACCUGUGCUUCUGACCCUAAACCAUGAAAGUAAAUCAUCCACCCAGAGUUUGUCACCCUCGGUGGAAGGUUUGGAGAUGCUAACCCUCAUCAUCUUCCUCCACCUUUGCUGCAGACCCCUGCAGUGGACACUGGAGGUCACAGCCUGGUGUUACAAACAGAGCUGCAUCAUCUGCAUAAAGUAGGACAACUGUGAAGGUUCAGCUAUUGUUUGACUAAACUUUAAACCUUCUGACAUUCACGGCAACAGAAUGCAGCGAUUAGCAAGGUCUGGUGGAGGUGGAAGAAAGAUUAAAUUUGUGAUUAUUCAUGCAGUAAAUAUGUUUUCAUAUGUGUUUUCAACCAUAAGCCAUCGAUACUGUUCCUCUAAUCCAUCACACUUCAGAGAAUGACUUCCUCUUUUGACUUUGCUCGUACUUUUCCGAGCAUCACAGCAACCGUCUGCCGCUCUCGAUCAUUUUUUACUCCCAGUCAAGUUGAAAUCUUGCUUAAUCCUCGGCUUCUAUGCCUUGCAGUCUCACAGAUCAUUGUCCUUGUCCCAGUUUCCCACCUUAUUUGCUCCCAGAUCUCAGCUAACGUGAUGAUUGCCAACAGGAAUGAGCCCCCACAGUUGAAUUAAACCAAAA